GUUGUUGAUUUGCUGUUGGCCCGGGGAGCAAAUAAAGAACAUAGGAAUGUGUCUGAUUAUACUCCAUUAAGCCUUGCUGCAUCUGGUGGCUAUGUUAAUAUCAUCAAGAUUCUUCUCAAUGCUGGGGCAGAAAUUAAUUCAAGGACCGGGAGUAAGCUAGGUAUUUCUCCUCUGAUGCUGGCUGCUAUGAAUGGCCAUGUACCUGCCGUGAAACUGUUGCUUGAUAUGGGUUCUGAUAUUAACGCCCAAAUUGAGACCAACCGGAAUACAGCCCUCACCCUGGCCUGUUUCCAAGGCCGAGCAGAGGUGGUCAGUCUGCUUUUGGACAGGAAGGCCAACGUCGAGCACAGGGCAAAGACUGGCCUCACACCUCUGAUGGAAGCAGCUUCAGGAGGAUAUGCAGAGGUUGGAAGGGUUCUCCUUGAUAAAGGAGCAGAUGUUAAUGCUCCACCUGUGCCUUCCUCAAGAGAUACAGCUUUAACAAUUGCAGCAGAUAAGGGUCACUACAAGUUCUGUGAGCUCCUAAUUAAUCGAGGAGCGCAUAUUGAUGUUCGUAACAAGAAAGGAAACACACCUCUGUGGUUGGCAGCUAAUGGUGGUCACUAUGAUGUGGUUCAGUUGCUUGUGCAAGCAGGAGCAGAUGUGGAUGCUGCAGAUAAUCGGAAAAUUACGCCUCUUAUGUCAGCAUUUCGCAAGGGGCAUGUGAAAGUAGUUCAGUUCCUGGUGAAAGAAGUUAACCAGUUUCCUUCGGACAUUGAAUGCAUGCGAUACAUAGCAACAAUAACUGACAAGGACCUGUUGAAAAAGUGUCACCAGUGUGUGGAGACGAUUGUGAAAGCUAAAGACCAGCAGGCUGCAGAAGCAAAUAAGAAUGCAACUAUAUUGCUGAAGGAGCUAGACCUGGAAAAAUCAAGAGAGGAGAGCAGAAAACAAGCUCUUGCAGCUAAAAGGGAGAAAAGAAAAGAAAAGAGAAAGAAGAAGAAAGAGGAACAAAAAAGGAAACAAGAAGAAGAUGAAGAAAACAAGCCUAAAGAAACUCUGGAACUGCAAGAAGAUGACGAUGAAGAAGAAAAUGAUGAUGAAGUGGAGCAAGAAGUUCCUAUAGAGCCUCCUAGUGCAACUACUACAACUACAAUUGGAAUUUCUGCGACUUCAACUACUUUCACAAAUGCCUUUGGGAAGAAGAGAGCUAAUGUGGUGACUACCCCCAGCACAAAUAGAAAAAAUAAGAAAAAUAAAACAAAAGAGACUCCUCAGAAUAUGCAGAUAAUUUUGCCAGAUCAGCAUAUAUCUCUAGCACAGCAAAAAGCAGAUAAAAAUAAAAUAAAUGGAGAGCCAAGAGGUGGUGGUGCAAGUGGGAAUAGUGAUUCAGAUAACCUGGAUAGCACAGAUUGCAACAGUGAAAGUAGCAGUGGAGGUAAAAGCCAAGAGUUGAACUUCACAAUGGAUACAAAUUCAUCUGAGCGGCGCUAUGCCUCAUUGCUUAUCCCUUCUCAGGAAGAAAAAACGAGCACCUCGGCUUCAAAAACACCAACAAGACUUGACGGUGAAGGUCAUUCAAAUUCUUUGUCAACUACUUAUAAGCCUGUUUCCCUGCCUCUGACCUCUCCAAAUGUAAAGCUGAACCUGACUAGUCCAAAAAGAGGCCAGAAAAGAGAAGAAGGCUGGAAAGAAGUGGUUAGAAGGUCAAAGAAAUUAUCUGUCCCAGCUUCUGUCGUAUCUAGAAUAAUGGGAAGAGGUGGGUGCAACAUCACAGCAAUUCAAGAUGUCACUGGUGCCCAUAUUGACGUUGAUAAGCAAAAAGAUAAGAACGGAGAGAGAAUGAUCACUAUAAGGGGUGGUACAGAGUCAACACGAUACGCAGUGCAACUCAUCAAUGCCCUUAUUCAAGAUCCUGCCAAGGAACUGGAAGACUUGAUUCCUAAAACUCACAUAAGAACACCUGCUUCAAGUACCAAAUCAAUCCACACAAACUUUUCAUCUGGAGUCAGCACUGCGACUGCUUCAAACAAGAACUCCUUUCCUCUUGGAGCACCGUCCCUAGUCACAUCGCAGUCAUCAACACUAUCUACUUUCCAGACUACUAACAAAUUAAACAAGAAUGUCCCAGCGAAUGUGCGCUCAUCUUUUCCGGUAUCUCUUCCUCUAGCUUAUUCUCACCCUCAUUUUGCCUUGUUGGCUGCCCAAACUAUGCAACAGAUCCGUCACCCUCGCUUACCUAUGGCCCAGUUUGGAGGAACUUUUUCACCUUCACCGAACACUUGGGGACCAUUCCCAGUGAGACCAGUUAACCCUGGCAGCACAAACAGCUCUCCAAAGCAUAAUAGUUCGAGUCGUGAAGGGAGUCAGAAUGGAAAUAUUUUACAGACGGAGUCUCCUGGAUUAGCUACUUCUAGCUGUCCCAUUACUGUCUCUUCUGUAGCUGCUUCCACCCAGCCGCUGUGUGUAACCAGUAAUCGGACUCCCUCUUCAGUCAGAAAGCAGUUGUUUGCCUGUGUUCCCAAGACGAGUGCUGCAGCAACAGCAAUCUCAACUGUGACGAGCACCUGUAGCACUCUGCCUUCAGCUUCCUCUGCCCCCCCAAACAAUGGGCAAGUGCCCACAGCAUUUCUGCCAUCUAAUGCUCCACAAACACAGCAUUCUGCACUUAAAGCGGACGCUUUCUCGGCUGUCUCAGUGCCCAAAGAGAAGGUGCCAACACCAGACCAGCCUGCCGCAAAUGUGUGCGCACCAUCUUCGGUUGGAAGUAGCUGCAGUAUAUCAGGUAGCAGCAACUCGGGAGUCACUGAAACUCGCCCGUCAAGCAGCCCUGCACCGCUAAGUAAUGUCCAAGAUGAAAUACUGCCAACCAGCAUGUCAGAGAUCAAUCCUUCCAUGUCGAUGCCUUUUUCAUCCAGCUCAGAAACUGCUCCUUUAAGCUUAACAUCACCCAGGUCAGUUGUUGCAGAUAAUCAGGACAACAGUAACUUACCUCAAGUAGCUGUACCAGCACCUCGAGUUACUCACAGGAUGCAGUCCAGAGGUUCUUUCUAUUCAGUGGUACCAAAUGCAAACCUCCAUCAAGAUCCUCAGUCUAUUUUUGUUACAAAUCAAGUUCCUUUAACACCUUCUCAAGGUCCACCUGCUGCAGUGCAGCUUUCAUCAGCAAUGAACGUUAUGAACGGUUCUCAGAUGCACAUUAACCCAGCAAAUAAAUCAUUGCCUCCUACCUUUGGGCCAGCAACACUCUUCAAUCACUUUAGUAGUCUUUUUGAUAGCAACCAGGUGCCAGCUAACCAAGGAUGGGGAGACUGUCCACUCUCUACCCGAGCAGCAGCUGACCCAUCUUUCACUGUUCAGUCUACCUUUCUGAAUAACUCUGUGCUAGGACACAUGGAAAAUGUGCAUCCUGACAGCUCCAAGGCUCCUGGUUUCAGGCCACCUUCCCAACGGGUUUCAACUAGUCCUGUAGGCUUACCCUCUCUAGAUCCAUCCAACAGCUCUACAACUUCUUCUUCAGGUCCUUUGACAGGCUUUUCAGCAAACAUACAAGGAGCACGGGUUUACCUUCAAGGGCCAGCGCCUGUUGGGACUCCCAGCUUUAACAGACAGCAUUUUUCACCACAUCCUUGGACAAGCGCAACAAAUUCAUCAGGUGAAUCUCCUAUUCCAUCAGUUUCCUCAGGAUCAUCUUCACCCCUUUCAGCUGCUUCUGCACCUUCAAACUUGGGCCAGCCAAAAAUGGGUAAUGCCAAUCAAGAUCGAAAGGUACCCCCUCCCAUCGGGACAGAAAGGCUUGCUAGAAUUCGACAGGGAGGAUCUGUCACUCCUACACCCUUAGGAACCAACUUCACAGCUCCUGUCGGUCAUAGCGGUAUUUGGUCCUUUGGAGUUAACAGUGUAUCUG